AUGCCCCCACACGACAGGCGGCUGCAGUUCAAAGUCACCUCUUGGGCCUUGCUCAGCAUAUGCAUCGCCGCCGUGGUCGUCAGGUUGCUGCACAAGUUCGCACAUGGAAUCUCGGGCUGGCGCAUCGGCCCCGACGGCCAGCCUGUGGGUGCUGCCCCGCCCGGGCUGGAUGACCUCACAUUCGCGCUCUCUGUGACCACCUCAAUCGCGUUCUGGGUCAUCUGCAUCUACGGUAUCGAUCCGACACUCGGCAACCCGAUCGGCACCGACCUCUGGACCCUGUCGCACGACCAGGUUACCGAAUUCAUCGUCAUGAUGCUCGUCCUCGAGAUCCUCUACAUUACAAACAUUUUACUCUUAAAAACGUCGUUUUUUCUCUUCUACCUGCGCGUGUUUUGCCGAGGCGGUGCAGGUGGCGGCAGUGUCCUGGGUGUGGACUUUGGUCGCGUCGUUCUGGGCACCAUGUUCCUUAACGGAGUCGUAUGGGUCGUUACUUUUAUGCUGGUCGUUUUUCGCUGUUCGCCGAUCCAGUACCAGUGGACCGGUUGGGACAGGAUGCAGCAGGGUCAUUGCAUUAUGGACGCCCACCCGCUUGUGUGGGCGCAUGCCAUUGUAGGGUUGCUGAUCGACUUGUGGAUGAUCUACCUGCCAAUAUCUCAGAUUUGGGGGAUUCAGAUGGGCAUGGGGAAGAAACUCGCCGUCUGCAGCAUGUUUGGCGUCGGUGCCUUUGCCACUGUGGUCAGCAUCCUGCGGCUUCGCUUGGUCUUCCGAGCCUCCAGCGACAAGCGAAACUCUACCUGGGACGACUUCGAUCUCGUUCUUUGGUCGUCCCUCGAACUCGGCGCCGGCACCUUUUGUGCCUGCAUGCCCAGCCUUCGAUACGUCUUCAUGGCCUUUCUCCGACGUGGAGCGAAUAGUCUGGCCGGCAGGACGUGGGGUUCAGGCCAGAGCUCUGAUCAACAGACGCUACCAUCGGAUACAGGCUCGAGAGGGAGGGCUGAUGCCAAGGGAUCAGUCAAAACGAGCUCGGAAACGACUACGGGGUCGGUUGCGCCGCCCGACCUUGAAGGGGGUGUCGUUGACCAUGGCAGACAAAAUUCUCACGGGCCCAUCUGGCAGGGCUACCCUUCUAUGUCUCAUCGAGAAGCGUACGAUCCUAUCUUCAGAAGUGCUUCAGAGCUUCAUCCGAGUUGA